GCCAAAGCAAAAGAGUGUGUUCCUCAUCAUAGCAUAGCUUUGAAGCAACAGCAACAGCAACAGCUACCAAUUCCCAAAACCCCAUCUAAAUCUUAAGAGUUCCAGACCAAACAAGUACCACCACCACUAGUAACCUCCACUUCCCCCACCACCUCUUACAGUGACUAUUUAAACUGUUGAGAAGAGCAGCCCUGAAAAGGCGCCAACUUUACUUCCAAAUAAAGCAAACUGCUUUUCCCAGUUUUUUCCUUUUCUCUCUGUUUCUCUCUCUAAACUGACUCCAAGCUCUCUCUCUCAUUAUCUAUUCUAAAGAAAAACUAAUCUCCCAAAAAUAAACAUUAUGGCAAAACAGGAGCAAAAGCAGGAGCAGCCUGCAAUCAUCAACCCUCUGCAGGUCCAGGAAGACGGGGAUCUGGACCCUGGAUCUGACGACCUCGAGGCUCCUCUGCCUCUCACCGUCACUUCCCGGGUCUUGUAUAUGUUGGGUGACAUUGCGUCUGGACCGGCCUUCAAAAUCACUCAAUGGCUGGAAUUGGUCCGUAAACGCAGUGCCAAAUACCAUUCCUCUGGCUUCCCUCGCCGCCCAUUAAGGCUUGACACAAUGCCUGCUAGUGCAGGAGAGUCUAGUGAGGACUGGAAAGGUCCUGCGUCGCCUGAGCAAACCACAGAAGUCAAUCUCUGGGAAAGACUUGGUAAAGCUGCUACAUUGGACAUUGAGUCGAGUUUUUUCUCAUGGGAUAGGCUUUCUUCACUUCACCACACUGAACAUAGUAGUAGCAAUGAUCAGUCUGAGGAUGAAAUGAACAAAGCGCUGGAGGUCACCGUGAAUUCGGGGGGAGUUGUUUUCUUUGCCCUUUUCAACCAGCCAGGGACUGAUGAUAACUCUUCUAAGGAAGCAGCGGCUGUUAUAAAGAUAUCCUCAUCGAGGAUGGCCACACAGUCUGAACGUCUAGGUUACGAAUUUGCAAAGUGGCUUGGAGUUCGAACUCCACAGGCCAGAGUCAUACAUAAUUGUAGUAUGGAGUGGCUCCAGAUGAAGGAAGCAGCAGAAAAAGCAAGGGAAGCAGCAGCUUCAGAAGGAGAUGAAUGUGGGGAAAUGACAUGUUCGGAACUUUUGGAAGCUCUUGAACUUAGCCGAUGCCUUUUGCUCAUGAGCUAUGUUCACGGAUCUCCUUUACUUGAAAGCUCAAGUGUAUUUGAGGUGAAGGAAACUGCAGAGAAAACAGCAGCUUCUCUUGGUAGGAUCUUGAUGUUGGACCUUGUCAUCAGAAAUGAAGAUAGACUACCUUGCCGUCAGCUCAGAUGGCGUGGAAACUCGGCAAAUCUAUUGUUUGCAGACAAAAUGGAUUUUGGAAAUAUGGACAGAUUGGAGGAAGCAUUUGAUUCUGCCAUCAAGAGAUACAAACCAAGAGUGAUCAGAGCUCUUCAAAAGGAUAGAAGGGCAACUUCUGUAGAUAUCAGAUUGCAUAAUACAGCAUUGGUACCACAGAAAUCUGAUCUUUCUGACAUUAUGGAUUCGCCAAGGUCUAGUCAGAUGAGUGUAAAGAGUCAACUCUCAGAUGAUUUAAUGUUUUCGGAUUUUCCAGUUGUGGCUAUUGAUUCUGGCGUUCCUCGUCGACCUCCUGCUGGAAAACGUGCAAAUGACCAGGAAAUCUAUCCAAAGUUGGUUGAGUUACUACUGAACAAUUCUGAAUACUCCUCUAAUCUGUUACAUGACAUAACAUUAGGGAAAUUAGGACGUCCUCCGUUACAAGAUACUGAUGCAUCUGAUACACAAGCAAUGGAAAUGACUUCGGUUGUUCAAGGGUUCCGUAGUGGGUUCAAAUGUGCUCUCAGGGAUCUGCAGGGAUUCCAUAUCUUCUUACUCACACUUCAUCAAAAACUGGAGAAUUUGAUACGUAUAUUUUUCAAUAUUAUAGAUAAAAUAGGGGAGUCUGAUAAAGAGGAUUUGGUAGUUACUGAGUCUCCAUCACAAGCUGCCGGAAGUGGUUAUCUUCCUUCUACACCAAGUAAGGAGAGGCUUGUCAAUGAGAACCAUUCAGAUUUUAGUGAUUCCGAAUUGCAGAGAACUGCUCCAAGGCCUUCAACUUCAGGACUUAAAGAAAGCUGUGACUGCAGCUCUCCUAUGUCACGGGAGAGUUGGCACGGAAAGUUUUGGAAAGGGAGUGCAAGUUCAGAUCCCCUCCGUAGUCUGCGUUUGACAGCAAAGCUCCGGGACUUUCAUAAAAAUGCCAAGGUCGAUGCUGAAACGAACAAAGAAUUGGAACAGUGGAAUGAAAUGCUAAAGAGCGAUGCAGUCAAACUUUGCCAGGAGAACAAUUUUAAUGCUGGGUUCUUUGAGGGUAGUGACAAUAACGGCGUAGUUGACGCUUAUGAAUUGAAGGUCAGACUUGAGCACAUUCUCGAGAGAAUUUCAUUGAUAUCUGAGGCUGCAAAUACAGAGAGGCCAUCUCGAAUCACAAGUAGCCUGUUUAUUGGUGGAGCGCUUGCUGCACGAUCUGUAUACACACUGCAACGCUUAGGAAUCACUCAUAUAUUAUGUUUGUGUUCCAAUGAAAUUGGACAGUCAGAUUCUCAGUUUCCUGAUCUAUUUGAGUACAAAAACUUCUCUAUAUGUGACAGUGAAGAUUUCAACAUCAGCAACAUCUUUGAUGAAGCUGUUGAGUUUAUUGAUCGUGUUGAAGAAACAGGAGGGAAGGUUCUAGUCCAUUGCUUUGAGGGAAAAAGUAGAAGUGCUACACUAGUGCUUGCAUACCUAAUGCUCAGAAAGAAUUCCACUCUAUUAGAAGCAUGGAAUUCUCUAAAGCAGGUUCAUCGCCGAGCACAACCCAACGAUGGGUUUGCGAAGAUCUUGUUGAAUUUGGAUAAGAAACUGCAUGGUAAAGUUUCAAUGGAGUGGCAUCAGCGGAAGCCAAUGAUGAAAGUUUGCCCCAUCUGUGGGGUGAAUGCGGGUCUGAGUAGCAGCUCUCUUAAGCUUCAUUUACAGAAAUCACAUAAGAAACUAUCGUCUGGUAGCGUGGAUAGCGCAAUGACAAUGGAAAUACAAAAGGCUUUGACAGUACUAAAAAUCAGUCGAGGUGGAAGUGUCAGCCCCACACAAAGAUCUCAUUCAGAUGUUGAAGACCGGACGGCCAGAUGCCGAGCCACGACGCCUUCAGCACCAUCUUCUCCGAGAUCAGUGCCGACAAGCAUGUCCCAGGCGUAAUCUUCGCCGAACUCGAGCCUACCAUCUUCUUCUCCGAGAUCGGUGCCGGCAAGCAUAUCCCAGGCGUAAUCUUCGCCGACCUCGAGCCCACCGUCAAAGCCCAUCGUCCCAGUCGCUGCUGCUCGUGCUGGAAGCUCCCGCAGGCGCUGGUCCCGAUGUGGGAAUUCGGGUCGGAUAGGAAUGUCGGCGUCCACCCCCGACUUGUAAGAAUUCUUCCUCACCUCGGUUCUUGUGCUCGGCCACAGAGACAUUGCACCUCUCUUUGCAUAUCCCAGGCGCUACAGGUCCUCGUUCGUUUGGGUCGAGCGACGGCGCUGCUGGUGUCGCCGGAGGAGUGACAUGGAUUACUCCAGUUGCUGCGUUUUUUUUUUUUUUUUAAGUAUUGUUGUUCAAUUUUUUUUUUUGCAAGGAAUAGCAUUUUUUUUUUUUAAAUGUCUAUUGGAUUGGAGGCCAAUGAUCUACUAUCUGUUCAACAAUGUAAGUAAUUUGACAUUGCAAUGUAACUGUGGGGUUUGUUUGAUGGUUUACUGGGGGGCAGUAGACACAUUAUUGGCCCCCAGUAGACUUUGAUACGAGGGACAGGGAUCACUAUAGUGUGGUGUUUUGAUAAGUUACAUGUUGGUUUCUUUGUAUUAAAGUCAAAUUAUCUGUGAAUCCUACAAAAAGGUGCAUUUUUGGUGGUCUAUUGGGAGGCAGUAGAGACAUUGGACUUUGUAUUGGGGGGCAA